UUCUCGUUCCGUUCCAUCCUUGCCUGACUCCGGUUCUAUGCGCACCACCACGCCAGCCCCGGUCCGUUGGUGUCCGUCGGGACCUCCCGCAGGCCGAGCAGAAGCCCCCGUCAUGGCGCGGCACCGGCGCCCGGGCCGCAGCCCCCCAAAGCCCGCAGCUCCCCCCUCCAGCUCCCUCUGGAGCCUGGCGCUGCUCCUGGCCCUCCUCGGGGUCGCUGCCACUGCUACCACCUGGGGCUUUGCGGGCUACCGAGAGGCUCAGACGAGGGCACAGCGGGAGGCAGUGCUGAAGUCUCUGGGGACCGAAGGCCAAUUCCUGUUCGCCUCUCUGGACACUGACAGGGACUUGUCCAUCAGCCCCGAGGAGUUCAGACCCAUUGCUGAGAAACUAAGGGAAAUCAACAGAGAUUAGAGGUGGAUGGAUGAACAUGAGGGAAAAGGAAACAUUGUCACAUCCCCUUAACGUAAAGCUUAAUUUUCCCAUCUGAGGAAUAUCCCAUCUGCUCCCUGAGGACAAAUGAGAGGACUUAUGAGAUCAUCUCUGGACCUAAAUGCUGGAAAUCAUUAUUAAUGGUCACUAUCACUGAGGAAGAAGAGUAAUCAUGUUGGAAGAAUCAAGGCAAGCUAAUGACUAGUCUUCUCAGAUCCUCAAAGCUCCUUUUGUCUUAGGUUUUAUUAUGAUCUCAGCUGCUCUCACAAAAUGGAAUUUCAGAUACUUUUAUGGUUGCAGUUUACAAAUGUGUAAAUAAUAAAAGCUUUGGAAGU